AUGGAGUAUUUACAGCCCGGAUUUGACCCAUCUUCGGUCACAGUGGCAAAGCUAAGAAACAUCUUGAAUCUGCAUAACAUUGACUUUCCAAGCUCUGCCAAAAAAUCAGAAUUGAUUCAAAUUUUUGAGAGGGAGUUAGCUCCAAAGGCACCUGUAUUACUCGCUGAGUACACUUCUAGAAUUGGCAACUCUCAUGACCAAGGUUUCAUGAACGCCACUGACAACGACGACGAAACAUCUGAAAAGGAAGGUAAAUUGACACCAAGAGAGGACAAGAAAAGAAGAAAGGGCACUACUGAACCUGCACCUGAGAAAUCAAAGAUAAGUACAGAGAAUGCCAAGGUUGCGAAACCAAGGGUCAAGAAAGAACCUAAGAGCAAAGAUGACAAAAAUACUAAAGAUACAAAGGCUAAACAUGUCAAGAGAUCUGACAAACCUGAACAGAUGGAACACAAAUCUCGUAAGCUAAAUGCUGAUGAAGGAGAACACGAGACACCAAAAACAGAGCAAGGAUCGGAGGUUGACAAUUCUGAAUCUGACGCUACAGAAAAUUUGAGCUCCUUUAGUGAUCAAAAUGUUUUCCAAUUGGGCAAGGAGCUGUCUAGACCGUCAAGGAAGAGAAAAUUGAAGACCAGCGACGAGCAGAAUGUCUCGGCAAAGAAAUUAAAGUCUCCUCCCGCUAGUAACAGAGCACGCGUGACGAAAUCUCCAAGUAAGUCAAUCUUUGAUGACAGUGACUCAGAAAUAUUUGACAAUGCUAUUGUCGACAAGAAGAGAUAUAAUACACCUUCCGAAAAGGAAAACACUAUUGGAGCCCAGUCUCCCAAGACCCCUUCAGCGAAGACGAUAAAGUCACUGCCACAUUCCACAAACGAGAAGUCUUUUAGAUCAUUGCAGGAAGAAAUGGAAAAUUUUGAUAAGCAGUUGGAGGUAGUCAAACAGAAACACAUUACAGAGACUCCAGUAAAGACAGAGAAAGAGCAGAAACCAAAAUCUCGCACCACGUUAUCACCCACUGUUGAUAAAGAUUUGGCAAAACUGUUGGGAAUCACAAUCCAAGGAUUUCAGCCACCAGUGGUUCCUUCACUGAUGCAAAAUCUCAGUCAAGGGGUUGACUUAGGUCUAACCGCACCACUGAACCAAAGUGGAGAGAGCUCAACUAAUGUACAGAGUGAGCGUCUAAAUGAUAGUGAGCACUCUUGGACCAAUAGUUCUAUACUUUCAAGAAGAAACGUUACGCCACAAAGAUCUGCAUUAUUGGAAGAACAAGCUUUGGGCGAGCAGAAAACACCGAAAUCAACUUCAAGUAGGAAGAAGAAGAAGAAGGAAACCCCAAGCAAAGAUGCAACACCAAUCUUGAAAGUGACUCCAAAGUCGAGCCAAUUGUCAAAGAAAAGUAAAACGCCCUUGUCAGGGAAAAAUACUCCAAAGAGACUAAGAACACCUCUUGGGAGAGUUGCAUUGACACCCAAACCAAGAUUGUUAUCGAUAAAUUCAACUAGAAAUGCUCUGGAUUCGGAUGAGGAAGAGGAAGUAAAAGAAGGAAAUCUGACCACCGAGUCUCAACAAGUUAUUCUGGAUGGACCUAAUGAUAGCAUUGAAAGUAUUCUUCUGGUAAAUACAGCCUUGACUUUUCUCACAUGGAUUAUUGUCAUGUUAUCUGCAUUAUUUGGGUAUUGGUACUACGAGCAAAAAUAUUUAGUUGGUUAUUGUGGCCAAGAAAUUGAUCAACCCACAUUUGAAGAUUCAUCAGUUGCAUUGAUUGGAAAACUUGGAAACGCUCUUGAUAAAUAUUGCAAACCCAACUGUAUACUUUGUCCACAACAUGCUCGAUGCUUUACAAAUUUAGAAUUGGGAUGUUUUGAAGACUUUAUGGAAUUCAAGCCAUGGUAUGACUUUGUUGUACCAGGACACAAGAAAUGUAUACCAGAUACGAAGAAAGCAGAGAAGUUGGAGAUCAUGAUUGAUGUGGCUCUUGAUUUGUUGCGUAGCAGAAAUGCUGUUGUUGAUUGUGGCAAAAGCUCUGAUGAUAUUCAAAGUGGGAUUUCCGUUCGAGAAUUACAUGAUUUGUUGUUGUCAAUGAAGGCACCUUACAUCACCACUGAAGAAUUUGAGGAACUUUGGUCGAGAUCAGUUGUUGAGUUGAAAAAGGAACCAGAUAUCAUCUUAAGGCAAGUCCGACUUGCAGAUUUACCACAAGGACAAUUCCCAUCUAACACUAACAACACGGAAAGUAAGGUACAGGACAAAGUCGAAAUUCUUCGAUCAACGUCCUUAUCAAACAUUAGCUUAAAAUGCCAAAUACAGAGUAGUAUAAUGGGAAAUGUUUCACGUUACAAGUAUUGGAUAUUAUCACUACUCUUGUCAGUUUUAUCAUUCAAGGCUAUACAGCUUAGAUUUAGACGUUACCAAUUGGAAAAGAUCAAGAUUGACAUUUUGUAUCAAGAAGUAUUGGAUAAAUUGGUUAAACAAGUAAAACUUGCUCGAGAAAACUCUAAUAUAAACAGAUAUAUUGGAGCUAACCAAUUAAGAGAUUUGAUUUUGAGCAGUGAAGAUGAUUUGAGCGAGCGUGUUAGAUUAUGGAAUCAUGUGGGGAAUAAAGUUGAGCACAAUACUAACGUUGUUAGUAAGAUUAUGGAAAACCAUGGUGAGAUAAUGAAGGUUUGGGAAUGGAUAAGUGAAGAAAGAUAG